UUAACAUGGUUGGAUUUAAAAUAUUAUCAAUCAGAUAACUGACCCGACUUACCUGUGACGUAAUUAAAUAGAUCCAGUUCCUUGUUCGGGUUCAUCUAUAAAAGAUGAGAGAUUCCAAAAAAGUUUAUUUCGAAAGCAUCACCAUGGAGAAAAUUAUGUCUGGUUUCAUUCUGAUUCUUUGUCUUAUCAGUUUUGUAAAAUGUCAAUCAUAUUUUUCCAGCAGUUGUCCUUCUCCUGCUCCAAUAAAAGAUUUUAAUAUCACUGCAUUUACAGGAAAAUGGUACGAAGUAGAAAGUACUCGAUCUAUAUUCGAAACAUUCUGGAAUUGCCCAACUACUACAAUAUCAAUUACUGGAGAAGGAACGGAAAUCGAAAGAGGAGGAUAUGUUUCACUGCUUAACAGAAACUUUUACAAUAGAAUCGUUCGUACUAAACUAAAUGCUCCCGAUGCUAGAAGACCUGGAAGAUUGGAAUUUAAUUUUCCUGGAAUUACCCAACCUUUAAAAUACGUAAUACUAGAUACAGAUUAUGACAAUUAUGCUUUGGCAUGGAGUUGUUACGAAUUUGGUCGACUUGGCGGCACACUUGGCCAUUUCGAAUAUAUAUGGGUGUUGUCAAGACAUGUACAUACUGAUAAGGAAGUAAAACAGAAAUUGUAUACGGCGUUGGAUGAUAAUGGAAUUCGUCGAUUUUAUAUAACCAAAAACAGAAUGGAUGAGUGUCAUAGUAAACCAUAAUUUGGAAGGAUAUUUUUAUUUUUUAAAACAACAGCUUUUACAAAGAAUUCUAAUUAACUUAAUUCCUCUGUAUACGCCUAUAUUUAUUUAUUUAUUUGUAGUAAUUUUAAUAUAGUUUAGAUUUUCUGUCCAAUAAAGUUGA